GGUAUAAUUGUAAAAAUUGUUACCUGUGUUGCUUUGGCUGUACAUAAAUUACUUUACAUACCUGCUGGCAUACUGAUAAAAGCUAUAAUGCCAAGUGUUGUGAUACAAUCUGUUGAGAGCUACAGCAGUGAAGAUACGAAUUUUCCAGCUUCAAACUUACUCGCAAAAGAUGCUCGUAAAUGGAGGUGUAAAGAUUCGGGAGAAAAAAGCGCCUACGUUAUUUUGCGUCUCGAAAAAGCACUCUGUAUCAGCGGUAUUGACAUCGGAAAUGAACACUCUGCUUUCAUUGAAGUGCUGGUGGCCAAAAGCGGUCCAUCGAAUCCGGAAUUCACGGAAAUACUUUUAACGUCGUCCUUUAUGACUCCGAUUGAAAGUCGUAACUCUACCAGUGUUAAUAGAGUUAGGUGUUUCACACAAAAUGAACUCGUAGAGCAAAUCGCACGAGAAAAGUGGGAUCUAGUUAAAAUCAUUUGUACCCAGCCUUUCAACAGUCGGGUACAAUAUGGAAUUGCGUUUAUUAAGCUCCACACAUCAUCUAUUGAUACAGUGCGGCGCGAAAAAUCGCUCGUGCCUGAAAAAUUCCAAAAACAAAUUGAGUCAGCAGUACCUAAGUCAGAUACACCGAAAGUUUUGAAGCUAGGAAGGUUUACCAUUAGAGAAGAGUCUCCGGAUUCUGACGGAGGCAGCACGUCGUCUACAAAUUUGUUUGCCAGAUGGAAAGAAUCACGCGUUGGGAGUUCGCCCGUUCCGAUGGCGGAGAAGAAAAAUGCAACUCCGACCCUCUCAACGGCUGCAGCAAUACGAAAUGCUUCGACUCCAGCGGCGUUAAAGAAUACUUCUGCUUAUUUGGUCAAAAAGCCUGUAACAGUUACGCAUAAAGCAAAACCACUACUUUACGAUGAUGAUGAUGAUGAGGAGGAGGGAUUGCCAAAGUUGCUCAAUCGAAAUCGCGACUCCCUGCUAUAUGAUAAAGAAGAUGACAAACCAAACCCAAAGUUGGAGAAAAGGUUAAUGGAAGAGCGCUCACGACAGGAACGUGAGAAGUUAGCUAAAGAAAGUAAAGAACAGCGUGAUCGGUUGAUAGCAGAAAAGAAAGAGAAACUUCAUGAUACAUCGUCAUCCAAGUUCAAAGAUUUUUUGGUUGAUAAACCAGCUUGCAGCAUCUCGUCUCCAGAAACAUCUUCUCGGCCUAGCAAACAAUCUUCUACACCAAAUAAAACCGACAAUCAGAGAACUGUACCGAAAUCAGUGCAUGAACGGAACAAUUCGAAAGAGGAUCGGAUGCAUGAUGGUGAAGAAAAAGAACGUAAAAAACGUUCUUCCGAUACAUUCAUCGGUAGUUCAAAGGGCGAGGACCGGUCGGGUGUAAAAAGGCCCAGACGACAGCAAAGUGAUACUGAAAACGAAUAUGACAAAACAGAAAGCAAGAAGAGGAAUCCAACGUACAAACCAUUCAACAAACUGUUGGAGAACGUAGUUUUAGUCAUCAGUGGAAUACAGAACCCGGAUCGUGCUAAUCUUCGUAGCCAGGCUCUCGCGAUGGGGGCUAAAUAUAAAUCGGACUGGGACUCCAGCGGCACUCAUCUCAUUUGCGCUUUCAAAAACACGCCAAAGUACAACCAGGUGCACGGCCAAGGAAAAAUUGUCAAAAAAGAAUGGAUUGAACGAUGCUUUGCUCUGCGGAAGCGCAUCUCAUGGCGCAAAUUUGCGCUAGACUCUGACGAUGCUCAGCAGUCUGAUUCGGAAGCAGAAAUCGUUGAUGCUGCUCGGAAGCCUGCGGAGUCUUCACGAGAGAAUAAAAGCCCGGGUAAAAGCCCGCGUAGAUCUCAAGAGAACCGCAAGAGCGUCAUGGAAACCGACGAAGAAGUUCUAGCACACUACGAUCUGGACGAUGUGGUUAUGGUCGAGGAAAAACCAGAAACUCACGUAAUCUCCGGUUCGGAUACUGAGGAAGAGAUUGAACGUGUUAAGCAAAAGCAGCGUGAAAGGACAGACGGAAAUAAAAUGUACGACAGGAGUACAGAGGAUGAAGAUAAAAAUACUAUUGGGGAAACCUGUUCAACACUGGAUUUCUUCCACAAAAAAAUAUUUUUCAUAGACGAUGGAGUUGGGGCAGUUGAUGCUAUAAAGCUGAAACGAUACGUCGAAUUAUACAAAGGAACCAUCACGGAUAAUGCUAACAAAGCACAUUAUGUCAUAACACGUGACAAAAAGCCUAUGGCGGAAAGUUUUAGAGGGGAACUCGUAAAACCUCUGUGGGUAUACGAAUGUCACGACAUGGAAUGUCUCAUACCCGUUCAACGGUAUCAACUCUGAUGAAGUAUUACAAAUUACGCAGUUAGUAUUCUGUAUCAAUUAGUGUGUCCUUUAUUUGUUUACGAUCAAUCUGUUUUAUU